CAUUUUUUAACGCCCCCUGCCCCGCCCCCAUGGUGUUGCGGCGUCAACUUAUGUAAGUGCUGGGCACUAUACCGGUUCACACUGAAUAACGGUGUGUAUUUUCGUUAGGAUAUGAUUUUUUUAUAUGACGUCAUACUGGUGUAUUUGAUUACACAACGUUCGGAACGCAGCGCUGCGCGACACUGUUUCAGACGGGACCCUUUUCAAUGUUCAAGUUUCAAGUUUUCAAGUUUAUUAUAUUAUAGCCAUUUCAACAGUAUAUAAAAUACAGUUGAUAGGAAUUUGUUUUGGUGUGCUCACAUGUAUUACACAGCAACAUAACAACACAACAUUACAAGACAGAAAGCCAAAACGGCACAUAAAUAACAAGGAGUACAACACUUAACACACAUGAAAAACACACAAUGCAUGGUUCACGGGGAAUGACAGCAGUAAAGUACAGUACAGUGGUGCAAAAACUGCAAGUGAGGUAGACCAUGAAGAUCUUAAAGACCUUAAAGUGCUUAGUGCUUGUUCAAGUGGCGUAUAGCUUGUAGAUAGGUACUAUCCCUAAAGCGUGUUGUUUUGCUUGUGAUGCUUCUGUACCUCCUCCCUGAUGGUAAGAGUGUGAAUAAGUGGUGUGCUGGAUGAGAGGGGUCAGAGAUGAUCUUCCUAGUUUUCCUGGAAAUUCUGGUGUCAUAGUGCGAGCCUAUGGUAGGCAGACUACAGCCAAUGAUUUUAGAGGCCCUGCGUACUACCCUCUCAAGCUGUUGUUUAUCCUGGCUGGUAGCACUACCAUACCGGACCAGGAGGGAGAAGGUGAGCACGCUUUCGAUGGCUGCACGAUAAAAAUGGGUCAUGCCUGCCUGACUUAGGGCGUGUUCACACAGGCAGUUUUUUUAUAUUAAAAAACACCUGACCCGGGCGGUUUUUUACCAACUAAAAAACUGACAGGGUGGUUUUGUCAAGUUCAUUCUCGAGCAGAAUGUUCUAGAGCCAACGUUGCAAAUCAGUUACCGCAUCAAAGUGGUUUGACUACGCUACAGUGUCAGUUACAAUGUCGAGGAUGAGAAAAUUAGCCCUUGUUUUGGCGUUAAAUGACAACGACGAGGAUAACGAUGAACCUUCCCGUUUGUGGGUGCAUGACAUAAACCGGGGACGGCAGCAGUACGGGGCGUUUCAUAGUUUGAUUCAGGAGCUAUGGUUUGAUAAUGCACGGUUCAGUGCAUAUUUCAGACUCGACAAGAGUCAAUUUGAAACCUUGUUGCGCAUCGUUGCGCCUUCAAUAAUAAGGCAAGACACCCACAUGAGGCAAGCCAUCAGUCCAGAGGAACGACUCAGCAUUUGUUUAAGGUAUCUGGCAACUGGCGAUUCAUUCCGGUCCAUCGCUUUCGCCUUCAGGAUGGGUGCCAGCACUGUGGCAGGCAUAGUUCAUCAGGUCUGCACAGCUAUUUGGGAUUGCCUCCUGCCAGAUUACAUGCCUAUUCCAGACAAAGCAGCGUGGAGAAAGAUAGCCACUGGAUUCCAACAGCUGGAUUUCCCCAACUGCAUAGGGGCAAUGGAUGGGAAACACGUAGUCAUUGAGGCUCCUCCCUCCAGUGGCACUCUUUAUUACAAUUACAAAGGCACUUUUUCCAUCGUCCUUCUGGCUGUAGUCGACGCCAGGUACUGUUUCAGGCUUGUUGACAUCGGGGCCUAUGGAAGAAACAGUGAUGGGGGAACCCUCUCCUCCUCCGCUUUUGGUACUGCCCUACGGCAGAACACAUUGGGUAUCCCGGAUGACUCCAUCCUCCCAGGGGCAGAACAUCUUGGCCCGAUGCCUCAUGUGUUUCUGGCAGACGAAGCCUUCCCCUUGCGGCGUAACAUCAUGCGCCCAUACCCUGGCUACAACACUGGAGAAAAAAAAGUGUUUAACACCCGUCUCUCUCACGUGCGCAGAAUGGUCGAGUGUGCGUUUGGCAUACUGGCAUCCCAAUGGAGAGUGUACCGUCGGGUGCUGUGUGUCUCUCCAGAAGUGGCAGAGAACAUGGUAAAGGCCACCUGCAUGCCCCAUAACUUUCUGAGGUGGGAUGCCAGUACUACAAUACCGGCUAGGUCAUCUACUGGAACAUCCACAGCUGAGCCAUCACAAGGUCUCCAGAACGCACCUCGCCUUGGCACCAACAAUGCUGGCAGAGAUGUUGUGGCAGUGAGGGAGAAGUUUGCUCAGUACUUCAUGUCUGAAGCAGGACGAGUUCCCUGGCAGGAUAACAUCUAGGCACAAACAUAUAUAUAUAUGUUUAUUUAUGUUUACAUUUAUUUAUUUAUUUAUAUAUAUUUAUUUAUUUAUAUUAAUCCUCUAUACAGUUCUCUACAUUUAUCUUUUUAUUUUACUUGAAUCCUGUUUUACUUCUAUUAAUAUCUCUACUUUCUAUAUUAGCUAAGAGUUUAUUGUUUACUGUUUUUGUUUACUUUUUAUAGUUAGUUAGUUAAGAGUUUAUUAUUUAUCUUAUAUUAUUAUUAUGUUUACUGUUUACUUUUUGUUUUACUUUUUAUAGUUAUCUAGAGUGUAUUGUUUAUCUUAUAUUGUAUAUAAUUUAAUAUUGUGUUGUGUUUCUUCUGUAAACUACUGGACAAUCAAUUUCCUUGAGGGAGUCAUCACAAAAGGAUCAAUAAAGCCUAAUCUAAUCUAAUCUAAUCAAAUUUCAUCACAAACCAACAUACCUCGCUCCGCUUGCCAAGGGUGCAAGACGAGGGAAAAGUUGCAUUCACCGGACAUUCAUGGGUCAGCCGUUGGCUUGCUUCAUACGCUAUUCAGACAUAAAACGGCAUAGAAAUGUGACCGGUGUAAGACAAAUGAACUAUAAAACUUACACACAAAAUGUUUCAAUAUGAACCCAACAUUUAUAUAACCAAAAUACAGGCUUUAAGACAUAUUAACUUACGUCUUUGACGCGACUACGCGCGAAACACGCAUCGCCGUGAAUGCCACUGUGCGCCUCUAAAAGGGUACCGGGUGAGACGUAAACAAAAGGUUCCGGGGCACAAUACAGGUGGAUGCACAAUAGGUCCGUUACAUAGGCCUUAAAAGAACCAACCAAACCAACAGCUCUUUUAAGAGCUACCCAAAGCUUCUGCUUAAAAGCUAUUCCAUUUCAUCACCAGCAAACACCAGAUGAUGUGGUGAAGUUGAAGUUUUCUCUGAAUCUUGGAAGCAGUACCACACCCAUGAACGAUAAAGCUGACUUAAGUUUAAAUAUUUUUUUCAUACCUAAUAGAAAUUGUGUGG